CACUGCUCUGUAUGAUGUGUAUCUGUCAAGUGACUGUGAUCGAUCUGUUAUAUCGCAUAACAGUGUUAUUUUUGAGUAUAUUUGUGGUUAUAAAAUGCUUUGUAACACCCCUUGGUCGCUAGUAGAUUUCAUUUUAUUCCCUAUUAAUAUGACUGUUGUUGGCUGUAAUCAUUGGAUUCUUGGGGAGUUCAACGUGAAGCAGAGAUUUUUUAAAGUCUACAACUCAAUGAGGAAUAGAGUUAUGGAUAAGAAAGUGUUGAAAGUUGUUGAAGCAUAUUCUACUUUGUUGCCCUUGUUUCUUUCUUUAAAUAAUUUUUAUGAGUCAAGGGAAGAUAUUGAUCUAAACGCACAAGCAUUCAAGGGCAUUGAUAUGUGUCACCCGUUGGACAUUGUGUUUGAUGAUGAGGUUCCACAACAGAGUAACAACGAUUGUGGGAUUUUUAUCAUAAAGUUUGCUGAAUUUCUUAUGCAUGGACUUAUUGAAAAUAUCCCCAAUCCUCUGAAUGUUAGUUUCCAGAGAAACAAAAUUGCAGUCGAGCUAUAUGUCCACGCUAAAAGAAAGAAAGAUGAAGGCUAUCUAUCUGAUGGGGAGUUCAGAGGAAGAAUGAGCAAGAAGAUGUUGAAUGUUAAUGCAAUGGAAGUAUGAGAGCAUCAAAGUAGUUAACAUUUUGGCUUUUAUCUUGUAAAGAAGAUACAUACUUAUGGCAAGAUAACUUUUGUGUCUUUGUUUUGCAAACUUUCAAGCAAGUAUCAUGUUUGAAUAUUUUGAAUACUGUGGCAUAUCAAUGAAUUUUGAUAUUAGCCCUUUUUUAUGAGGAAUGUUGUACAGAGGUGUCUCAAGUUUGUAACUUGAGUUCACAACUUUAUUUUUAUAUUUCAUGUUUUAGGUAACAUCUGUUAAAAGUUUGUAACCUAAGUUCAUGCAAAAUUGCGUAGCAUUACUUAACG